AUGCAUGUUAAACUUUUAUUGACCUUGACACUACUAUGUAUUACCAGGCUUUGUCCUGCUGUGUGUGGGGUUAAUAUAAACAGCUGCAUACUCCAAGGUGACCCUCAACCCCCUGCUCUCUUUGAGGAUGGAGACUUUGUCAUUGGAGGGGCUUUCACCAUUCAUUAUUAUGUGAGGACUGAGAAGCAAACCUACACUCAACGGCCACAACCACUUGUGUGCAGUGGCAGUAUGAACUUCAGAGAACUACACUUUGCUCGUGCCUUACAGUUCGCCAUCAAAGAGAUAAACAACAGCUCCGAUCUCUUACCGGGCAUCACUUUAGGGUACCAUAUAUAUGACACUUGUGCCUCUGUGACAAUGGCAAUCAAAGUAGCAUUGCAACUUGUCAACGGACUAGAUCCUGUAUUUAACGACACUGAUUCCUGUGCAAAAUUGAAUCCAGUUCCCACACUAAUCGGAAAUUCAGCUUCCACUGCAGCUAUAAGUAUUUCAAAAGAACAGAAUUUAUAUGAAGGUUUUGCAAUCCCGCGGUCUGUUAUUCCGGGUUUUCGCAACUUUCUACUUGACCUGUCUCCAGAACAAGCGCUAAAAUUCCCCCUGCUCACAGAAUUCUGGGAAAGUUCAUUUAGCUGUAGUUUAAAACAGCAAAUAGGUUCUUCUAUUGGUAUGCCAGCAUGUGAUGACACAGAGGACCUGCGCGCUUUACAGAACCCGUACACAGACACAUCCUAUUUGGUGUACAAAGCCACUUACGCUGUAGCUCAUGCCCUCCAUGGCAUCGUCUGUCAUGAAAUGCGAUGUGACAAAAACAUCAAAGUUGAGCCCCGGCAGGUUUUUGAUCAACUCAAGCGACUGAACUUCACUAAAAAUAAUUAUUCUGUUUCAUUCGAUACCAACGGAGACCCUGUGGCUACCUAUGAAUUUGUGAAUUGGCAGCUUCAGGGACACGGUUCAGUUGAUUUUGUGACAGUGGGUCAAUAUGAUGCAUCCAAGACUAAAGGCCAAGAAUUCAGUCUGAGCAGAGCUAUCAUUUGGUAUGAUGGCAGUGAAAAGGUGCCGGUGUCUGUGUGCAGUGAGAGCUGUCCUCCAGGUACUAGGAAGGCUGCACAGGAAGGAAGACCUGUCUGCUGUUAUGACUGUAUUAAUUGUGGAGAAGGAGAAAUCAGUAAUGAGACAGAUUCUUUAGAUUGUCACGAAUGCCUACCUGAGUAUUGGCCCAAUAAUGAGAAGGACAAGUGUCUUCCUAAACCAGUGGAGUUUCUCUCCUGGGAUGAGAUGCUUGGGAUUAUACUGGCUGCUUUCUCUGUUGCUGGCUCUUUAGUGGUUUUAAGCAUAACUUUAGUAUUCUACAAAAACAGGGCCUCUCCAAUAGUAAGAGCCAACAACUCAGAGCUGAGCUUCCUGAUGCUCUUCUCAUUGACUCUGUGUUUCCUCUGUUCACUUACUUUCAUUGGUCAGCCCACUGAGUGGUCCUGUAUGUUGCGUCACACAGCAUUUGGGAUCACUUUUGUCCUCUGUAUCUCCUGUGUUUUUGGGAAAACAAUAGUGGUGUUAAUGGCUUUCAAAGCUACACUUCCAGGAAGUAAUGUCAUGAAAUGGUUUGGGCCUCUUCAACAGAGACUCAGUGUUUUGGGUUUCACUCUUGUACAGGUACUUAUAUGUGUGCUUUGGUUAAUGAUAUCCCCUCCAUUUCCUUACAAGAAUAUGCAACACUACAAAGAACAGAUCAUUCUAGAAUGCAGUUUAGGAUCAGCUAUAGGUUUCUGGGCAGUUCUGGGAUAUAUUGGCCUCCUAGCUUUCCUUUGCUUUGUUUUAGCUUUUCUUGCCCGCAAGCUGCCUGAUAACUUCAAUGAGGCUAAAUUCAUUACAUUCAGUAUGCUCAUAUUCUGUGCUGUAUGGAUCACCUUUAUUCCUGCUUAUGUCAGCUCUCCUGGGAAAUUUACUGUAGCUGUGGAGAUAUUUGCCAUUUUAGCUUCAAGCUUUGGUUUGAGUUUCUGUAUUUUUGCUCCUAAGUGUUUCAUUAUUGUAUUUAGGCCAGAGCAAAAUACGAAAAAACACUUAAUGGGUAAAAUACCAUCAGCCAACUAAAGCCAUCUGAGACAAGCACAACUCUCAUUCACAUUAAAUGUGUUCACAUGUUUGUUAUAU